CAAAUACUGAGGUCUCUACUCAUGUUUAGCAAAGACUGACGCUUGAAUCCAUUAAACGACGAAAUAAACGAAAAGAAAGCAAAUUCGGGCAAAGUUUUGCUGUGUAUGUAUCAAAGCAGGAUUGACACCAGGCAUUGUCAAGCACUUAAAAAUAGCACGUGUUAAUGUGCUUCGUCUCUUUCCCUCCCAGGUCUGAGCGCUGUUGACGGGAACGGAGAGGCUGCUCACAAACAAAGCAUCUACAUCUCUAAACUCACAGGAAGCGCACGUGGCAGUCCGCUGUUUGAUCUAUAGAUUGGACGAGCUGAGGGGAGGAGCCAGUCACUGGGAGAGGAGAGAUGUUGGCGCAGGGCGGGCAGGUGGCCCUGGCUGUUGUCUCAUCACUGCUGCUGCUAUUGCAACAGGCCACAUCCAUCGAAGUACCACAAGACCUGAAACAGCCUCCCACCAUCAUAAAGCAGUCGCCUAAGGACUUCAUUGUGGAUCCCAGAGACAACAUCAUCAUCGAGUGUGAAGCCAAGGGCAACCCCCAGCCCAGGUUCACAUGGCGACGGAAAGGGAAGUUCCUGAACACAGGGAAGGACCCCCGGGUGAACAUGAGGAAGCGCUCGGGAACACUGGAGAUCAACUUCAGGAGCGGCGGGCGCCCCGAGGACUAUGAGGGGGAGUACCAAUGCCUCGCCUCCAACGACCUGGGGGUGGCCGUCAGCAACAAGAUCCUGCUGAGGGUCUCCAAGGCCCCCCUGUGGCCCAAGGAGCUUCUGGAGCCGGUGUUGGUGUCUGAGGGCCAUUCCCUGGUGCUGGCCUGCAACCCCCCCCCAGGCCUGCCCCCCCCCUACACCUUCUGGAUGAACAGCGCCAUGAUCCCCAUCCCCCAGGACAGGCGUGUGUCCAUGGGUCUGAACGGAGACUUGUACUUCUCCAACGUUCUGGCCAAGGACGCCCACACCGACUACAGCUGCAACGCCCGCUUCCUGUUCACACACACCAUCCAGCAGAAGAACCCCUUCUCCCUCAAAGUCCAGAGUGCGGAGCCGUAUAAUGACACUUCCUCUUACAACUCCUCUGACCCGUAUGGUGGCCGUAGGAUCCCAGAGUCCAUGCCCACCUUCCUGUCUCCGUCUGGGAGCGAGAGCUCCAAGAUGGUGCUGAGAGGACAGCAGCUCCUGUUGGAGUGCAUCGCAGCUGGACUCCCCACCCCCAGCAUCAAGUGGUUCAAGAAGGGCGGCGACCUGCCCGCCCAGAAGGUCAAGUUCGAGAACCACAACAAGACACUGAAGAUCGUCAGCGUGUCGGAGGAGGACGCCGGCGAGUACGUGUGUCUGGCCAACAACCACGUGGGAGGCAUCCGCCACAACAUCCACGUGCAGGUCAAAGGGGCCCCCUACUGGCUGGACAAGCCCACCAACCUGGUGCUGGCGCCGGACGAGAACGGGCGGCUGGUCUGCCGGGCCAGCGGGAACCCCCGACCGCAAGUCCAGUGGCUGGUGAACGGGGAGCCGGUGGAGAGCUCCUUGCCUAAUCCCAGCCGUGAGAUGAUGGGGGACACCAUCAUCUUCCGCUCGGUGCAGAUCGGCAGCAGUGCUGUGUACCAGUGCAACGCCUCCAACCAGCACGGCUACCUGCUGGCCAAUGCCUUCGUCAGCGUCCUGGACAUGGCCCCCAGGAUACUGGGUCCCAAGAGCCAGCUGAUCAAAGUCAUUGAGAACAACCGCACCUUCCUGGACUGUCCCUUCUUUGGCUCGCCUCUGCCUGAUCUGCGCUGGUUUAAGAACGGGCAGGGCAGCGGGCUGGACGGGGGCCACUACCGGGUGUACAUCAACGGCACCCUGGAGAUCAAGCGGGCGCGGACGGAGGACGAGGGCACGUACACCUGCGUGGCCAGCAACAUCAUGGGCACCGUGGAGAACCAGGUCAUCCUGGAGGUCAAAGAACCAACGCGCAUCGUGCGGGGGCUGGAGCACCAGUCGGCCUUCAGGGGCUCCACGGCGCGCUUCGACUGCAAGGUCAAGUCCGACCCCAGCCUGCCCGUCACCGUGUCCUGGCUGAAGGACGACAGCCCCCUGUCCCUGGGGUGGAGGCUGAGGAGAGACGAGGAGUCUCUGUCCAUCCCCAACGUCAACGAGGGCGACCAGGGUGUGUACACGUGCACGGCCCAGUCAGAGAUCGACCAGGACGUGUCGUCCGCCCGCCUCACCGUGCUAGAGGAAGUCUCCUUCAACCCCUCAGUAUCUAGCGCCUUGCCCCCAGACCGCCCGGACCCUCCGAUGGACUUGGACCUGUCCGACCUGGCGGUCCGUAGCGUUCGUCUGACCUGGAUCCCUGGAAACGACCACAACAGCGUCAUCACCCAGUUCCUGGUCCAGUAUGAGGAGGAUCGCUGGGAGCCCGGCUCUUGGCAGAAUCUGACCAGCUACCCCGGGGACCUGAACUCGGUCAUCCUGCAGCUCUCCCCCUUCAUCAACUACCAGUUCCGGGUCAUCGCCAUCAACUCAGUGGGGCAGAGCGCGCCCAGCCACCCCUCGCCCCGCUACAAGACCAGCGGCGCGCCACCCGACGUCAUCCCCAGCGGCCUGCAGGGGUGGGGCACCAAGAAGAACAACAUGGAGAUCAGCUGGGAGCCCCUGCUCAACGUGGAAAGGAACGGCCCCAACCUGCACUACCAGCUGUGGUGGAGGAGGAAGGACACGGGCGAGGCCUGGAGCAACGUGACCACGGCGGGCUCCAAGCACGUGGUGCACGACACCGAAACCUAUGUCCCCUACGAGAUCAGGAUCCAGGCACUGAAUGACCACGGCGCCGGGCCCACCUCCAACGUCGCCACAGGAUACUCCGGGGAGGACAAGCCCACCGACGCCCCCACCAACCUGCGCGUGUCAAACGUGGACAGCACCUCGGUCACCAUCCACUGGAACCCGGUGGACCCCAGCUCGGUCGUGGGGGAGUUCAAGGAGUAUAGGCUGUACUACUGGCGUGAGGCCAGCCUGCUGAAGGGGCUGCGCGUGUCCCAGGAGAAGAUGACCAGGGGCUUCUACAGCAUCGCCCAGCGGCCCAGUGCCGUGCUGGGAGGGCUGGUGCCCUUCUCCCACUACAGGAUGCUGAUGGUGGUGGCCAACAGGGGCCACGAGGGCCCCCCCAGCAACACCGUGGAGGUUCGCACCAAGGAGGGAGUGCCGGACGCCCCAAAGUACUUUGAGAUAGUCAAGAGGGCCUUCGACACCAUCCACCUGCAGUGGGACAAGCCCCUGGAGCCAAACGGCGUCCUGAUUGGCUACCAACUCAAGUACCAUACAGUGAACGGCUCCAAGCUAGGGCCGUAUCGCCUGGAGACCUUCCCCCCCAACAUCACGCAGUACACCAUGCGUCUGCCCGACCGCGCCAUGCGCUACAAGUUCUUCCUGUCCGCCCUCACCCAGGUGGGUGCCGGGGAGGCCUUCACUGGGGAGUUCCCCCGCUCGGCCAACGAGGGGAGCUUUACAGGCCCUGGCACCGACGCCCCAGGGCUAGUCGAGCUAACCGACGACGGCGACUCUACCUCUGUCCCUCCUACUCCUCCUCCCCUCCCUCCGACCACUGUUGCUCCGACCACCAUAAGUACCACAACCUCUACUACUGCUACUACUACGACCCCCUCCACCACCACCACCACCGCCGCUACUACAACCACCACCGAGGCUCCCGCCACCACCCCUCUGCUGGUCGCCACCAAGCGGCCCGAUCAGAACGUUUUGGUGGCCCCGGGUCGGGAGAUCUGGAACCUGACGGUGAAGCCUAACAGUAACUACGCUAACGUCAACUGGACCCACAACUUCCCGCCCGGCACCACCGAGUUUGUCAUUGAGUUCACGCUGGACAGCAACGGAACAGUAAGGACUGUGCCUGUCAAACAGCAGCCCCCCAUUAAGGUGGGCGACCUGAUCGAGGGGGCCAAGUACCGUCUGCGGGUGUACUCCCACGAACACCACGAUAUCAGCAGCCAGUCGUUCACCUUUGAGACCGGCACAGCCUACAGUAAGGAUCAGGUGGACAUCGCCACUCAGGGCUGGUUCAUCGGGCUGAUGUGCGCCAUCGCCCUCAUCAUCCUCAUCCUCCUCAUCGUCUGCUUCAUCAAGAGGAGUCGAGGUGGGAAGUAUCCAGGUGGCGAGUGCCUCGCUGGUUGCUCAAAGGUUUUCGUGCGAGAUAAAAAGGACCUAGCCUUGGACCCAGUUGACCAGAAAGAGGACGGCUCUUUUGAUUACCAUAGUGACGAGGACAACAAGCCGCUGCAGGGCAGCCAGGCAUCCCUGGACGGCCCACCGAAGGAGAGCGACGACAGCCUGGUGGACUACGGCGAGGGCGGAGACGGGCAGUUCAACGAGGACGGUUCCUUCAUCGGCCAGUACACCGUCAAGAAAGACUCCAAGGACGAGACGGAGGGCAACGAGAGCUCCGAGGCCACCUCGCCCGUCAACGCCAUCUACUCCCUGGCGUAGGACCGCCCCCGUCAGCUACACCCCCACCCCCAUCCCCACCCCCACCACCACUACCCACACCCCACCUCUGUGCUCGUGACGUAGCCGGAGCGGACUACCACGGCUAACGGCUUCCCGGGAUCGAUGGUGUUGGUGAUGGUGGAGACGCUACUAUUUCUACGACUACAACCAAACACAGCACUCGGAAUUGGAAACGCACACACACACACACAAACGCACACACACAAAGCAAGUAUAUAAAUAUAUAUCGAUAUAAGAAAACACGUUAUAGACGUCAGUGGCGCACAGGGACAGGAUGAAGAAGGGCAGAACUCUAAAGACAAGAGAACGGAUGGAAGGGAGGAGGCGGCGAGCCAAGCUUUCUGUUGUGUUCAGUUGGGUUCCUGGCUCCUGGCUCCAGGGACAGAAGGCUCUUCAGAGGUCGAGGAUAUGGGAUGUUGACCAGUGUUCUAGUUUGUCCAGCGCCCUCCGCCUACCCAGCUCACACAGACUCUCGAGUGUGCCUUCGGACGGCAGGCUUUUGAUGCGGUUUCAGGCUUUUGUUUCCCUGCUCCUCUAGAGGUUUUGUUUGUUGGUAUUUCUUCCUCUGCUCCCGGCUCCCGUUCAUCCCAAGCCCCUCACGGCUUUGUGACUCGCUAGCGUCCCCACUUAGGCUUACAUAUCAGUUCUCAACCUCCACUUCAAAAGGAUGCUGGCAUUAGUUUAUCAUAUUGAUAUUUCCGCAAUGAAAGAUCUUUUUGGUUUUCUUCUCCACAGCUGGUAACUCAUUGAAUCUUAGUGAGGCUGAGCAAAGCCCUGGCACACAUUUUAGUGUCCUGCAAUUCUAUGCACCAUCAUAUUCUCCAUGCAUUUCUUUCCGGGUUUAAUCUGUUUGGUUAGUUCUAGAGUUUGCCCAUAUGUUCAGUGUUCACGCUCAUCGUGGCUCAAUCGACAGCAUUUGCUUACUUGACGUGAUUCGCUUCAUUUGGUUUCAGGUGUUCGGGUCAUGCAGAGAAACCCUUAAUGCAACAAUGCCCCCAAUUUUUAUAUAGCAACAGGCCCUUUUGCCUUUCUACUAUGAGGUUGUUAAUGACCUUUAAAAAUAUGAUGAUGAAUAUCAUUUUGAAGCAUGACAGGAUAAUAGUGCAACAAACAAAUGAAAGGCAAGCGCAAGUUACGGUUAGUUGCACUCAAGAAAAUUCAAAGCCUGCGUGAAUCCCUUUGAGUUUAGCUGAGGCUGCUUACUUCCUGGUUAGCAUGCAGGCCAACACAGCACAUGUAGCUUGUUUGCAGCCCUUCACUAGAGGCACUACUCGUGGGAGAGGCUGCGGGCCAUCACAAAAGUGUUCCAGCUAGUUUGAAUAUUCUGAGAUGAAAACAUUUGAACAUGAAGCUAUGAAUCUGUAGCAACUCUGAGAAAAAUAGUCUUUCAAAGAAAUUCAAUAUUUACAAAAAUAAACAUUUAAUAUUCUGACAAAAAUAUAAUGUUGAAAAAAAGUCACAUUACUGUGAGUGUAUCCAUUGUAUUCUACCUGUGCCCCACAGAGCCACUAUUUGAAACCUUUUUGUGACAGUGAAAGUGGGGUGUCAUGCUUUCAUAGCUGCUGUCUGGUGGUUGUGCUGUCGCUAUGGCACCAUUCCCCGACGCUAAAUCGGGGAUCUAAAAAACGGACGAUUAGCUGACCGAGGUUUAUUUGUAUUUAAGAUAUUUAUUUAAAAUUUCUAUCAUGUAUUAUUAAUAUAUUAGUCCUGUGUUGGUUCAAUGUAAUACACCCUUACUCACAACAGUCACAGUCACAACAAUCGAUGAUUGUAGAUUCUGAAAUGCAUUGAUCACGAUUAUUCGUUACACACCGUAUGGCAACAAAGCUCUUUACAAAAGAUCAACAACACACCGGCCGGGUCACCCCUCCACACUGCUGCUCCUCUGUUGUAUUUCUGUUCUUCCUCGUUGGUUUAGGACUUCAUGUCAUGAGACUUUUACCAGACCAAAUAGUUAUGCUUCACCACUCAGAUCAUGUCCCGCCUUUCAGGUUGUCUUCUUUAUGUAAAUAAUGCCCCCUAAAGCUAAAGAAAAAUGCUUGAUGAUGAAACAAAAGUAUCCCAAUGGCUAAAUCGUAAAAGCCAAUAAGUAAAUAUGAUGGUUUGUCUGUUCCACAUGCAUUUUGUGCUUGUAGCUUUGAAUGAAAUUUGCACUCUAUAAAAAAGAAAAGAAAAGCAGAGCGACAAAGUAGGUGGGACCACCACGGCUCAUCCUACAACCCCCGCCCCUCUCAUUGUUUGGAAUAUACUGUACGAGCUGUGGGUAGUUUUAUUGGUUUGACUGUUUAGAUCAUGGUUUUGAACAUAUGUUGUGAAAGGGGAAAUGGCUUUGCCUCUCUAUAAUGUAAAUAAAGAAAUAUGUGCUCCUGAAAUAUUAACGCUGUAGCAUACUGCACACACACCUGUUUAAAGCGUUAGUAGUCUAGACAAAAGAGAGAAAAUAAAACACACGCUGGUAUCGCAGUCUCCUCUUUCACUGUUAUGUUACGUAUUGUCGUGUCACAAGGUGUGCUCUGUGUGGGAGAGGGCAUACUGUAUAAUCAUACCACACAGCGAGCGUCCUGAGAGGGCAUACUGUAUGUUCAUAACACACAGAUUGUCCUGAGAGGGCAUACUGUAUAUUCAUAACACACACAGAGGGUCCUGAGUGGGGAUACUGUAUAAUACUAACACACAGCGAGGGUGCUGAGAGGGCUUACUGUAUAUUCAUAACAAACAGAAGCUCCACACACGCACACACACCUUCCUCUUGAGUUCCUCACACCGAAUUCUGCCUUCAGAAUCAAAGCAAUACACCCAGGGUAGGGAUGAGUAGUUGUUGUGGUCGCUAGUUUGAUGGUGUUCCCUCUCAUCUUCUGGGACCGGGCUGGGACUCUCUAACCCCAGGGUCAUAGCUAAAGUCCCAUCCCUGCAACACAGUCUGAUCAUUGGCUGAUCCUCUUCCUGGAAAAAAUAACAAUGUUAUUCACACAAAAAAAUACCUUUAUUCAUAAAAUAAUUGAACUGUUGCCUGACUUAAUCUCUUUAAUCUGAUAAACCAGGACACACCUAGAUUAUACUUGGCUUCAGGUGGAUACCGACGGGUAAGACUAUCAAACUGGCCUCAUAACAAGGAGAAUUGUGAUUAUUAUUUUGAUACACAUUGCAUAUGUUAUCAUGUUUGUGCGCAUCUGUUUCUAUCCUGUGUCACUGUGCGUAUCCUAGCCACAGACCCACCCCUUCAUCUGGGGGUGAAAAAAUUGCUGUGUGCAUUUUUCUAGACAGCCUUUCUUCUGUUUAUUUGUUUAUAUGCUGCAAAAACAUUUAUAUUUUACUGGUGGAGAAAGGGAAUUAUAACUCGCAACUUGUAUCUAUGUAUGUUUAUUAUUAUUAUUCUUUCUUCAAAAGUAUGGUCAUACAUUGUUUGGCUUUUUUAAACCAAUUUUCACUAUGUUAUCUUUUUACCAUGCGUAUCAAAACAGCUUGUGAAAGUCUUGCUUCUACAUGCAAAGUAACAGCUUUCUUAAGUUACAUCUAAUCAAUAGAAAAAAGCCUAAUAAUAUAUUCACCAUGUAUGCGUGUAUGAUGAGAUGUUGCGCCUUCUUUCUAGUAAAGCUAUCUCUUUUUCUCUACCUCCUCCAAA